UACUAUGUAUAUCGUGUGCUAGGUUGUGGUUAAAAAUAAUGUAUAAAAUCUGAACACUUCUGUAAUUAUUAAAUACCAAAAUACAAAUUGGUUUUGUUAAGCGUAAUUUGGAGGUCGUAUGGAGUCUUCGCACGGUGGAAUACUGCAAUAUAGACUUUACGGUUGCAUUAAAGACUUACAAAAACAGACCAAGAGAAAGAAGGAGAAGAGGGCGCCCCAAAAAAAGGUGAAUAGAAGAAAUAGAAGCGGUAACAGGAAGCGAAUGGAGAAAGAAAGCCAUGGACAGAGUCACCAGAGUCAUAAUUGGAAAAACUGGAGGAGGCCUUUACUCGCAAAGGGUUCCGAUCGACGGGGUGGUUUUGUAAAGCAGCGCCUCAUCGUGGUUGACGAGGACGAAGCGAUAUCCCAGCGCAAUUCCUCCGCAAAGGGCCGCUUAAUAUUAGUGUGAACAGAAUAGGACUGGUCGCAGUCGUAGCGCUGAAGGAUGGUGACGAAAUCGCAAUGUACGCGCGCCACCAA